AUGCGGUACAGCAUUACAACAGAAAACAACAUAUACACCCGGAUAACUGUAGAGGAUUCUUCCGUAAAGCCAGUGCAUUAUGAGCACAGCAAAGCAUGCACAUUUAUUGGGCAGGAAGAUGACGAUGCUUUUCGGGGGCUAUUCACUGUGCCUUUUCGCAUAAUAAGAAUAGACGCAUGGAUAAGGCGCAACUGGCCUGUUAUAAGGAGCGCCCUUAUCCUUUUCACAGGGAUACUCAUACACUUUUUGGGAUUCUACACAAGAAUAGAGCGCAUGAUCUCCCUCUACAUACUGCUAAACGUGGUUCUCAUCGACAGAGACAAGCUAAAGUCCGCGAUUCUGGGAGACGAUGAAAGCCCCGAAACAGCGAAAUAA